CAGGAGCUCUGUAGCUAGCCACGCCUUUCUUGGCCGUAUCCUCACCGUGCGGUGUACGGACCGUCACGUCCAAAGAAGCGAGAAACCGUUUGCUUCAUCUUACUAAAAUGCUGCGGCGACAGGCGAGGCUACGUCGUGAGUACCUCUACCGUAAGUCACUGGAGGACAAGGAGAGAAGCAUCCUCGAGCGGAAGAGAAAACUCAGGGAUGCUUUAGAAGGGGGGCGUGUCAUUCCCACGGAGCUCCAGAAAGAUGCACUGGAACUUAGGAAGGCCAUGAAAUAUGAUGAUGACGAGAGAGAAGACCUAGCGGCUGCCACUCACAUGGACGAUGAGUACGUCUGGGCCGGAGUGGAGGACCCAAAGAUAGUGGUCACCACCUCACACGACCCCAGCUCUCGUCUCAAACAGUUUGCCAAGGAGCUGAGGCUGAUCUUCCCCAAUGCCCAAAGGCUCAACAGGGGAAACUAUGUCAUGUCGCAACUCGUGCAGGCAUGCGUCGCCAAUGACGUCACUGAUCUAAUUAUCAUCCAUGAACACAGGGGUGACCCAGAUGGCCUGGUGGUGUGCCACCUCCCGCACGGGCCCACAGCCUCCUUCUCUCUGUCCAACACCGUCACACUCUGCUUUCUAUGCAGACAUCAUGUGUACAAGAAGAGUGGUGCUAAAGAUGUGGAAUUGAAGGAAGUUGGUCCAAGAUUUGAAAUGAAGUUGUAUGAGAUAAAGCCGGGGACAGUGGACCAGGCUGAGGUGGACGUAGAAUGGAGACUCAGACCGUUCAUGAACACUGCUAAGAAGAGAUACAAGCUCAAUACUGAGUGACAGUUCAAUCACCAUCAAUGUGUUCACAUCAUCAGAGAGUCGGUAGACUCUCUAUAGCUAUAUAGGGACGACGCGGGUGAAAUCUCACGUGAUCCGCGUACAAAACGACUAAAAACUCGGUGAGAAUCACUCCCUAGGCCUUCAAAACAUACUAGCAAUAGUCUAGAGGCCAGUACCUAGCUAUACAUAUGCCCCAAGACUUCCUACGUGCCCUCAGUUCCCCACGAGAGAA